AAUCCAUGUAACUUCUCCAACAAUACGAUGAACAACACUCUUUCACCACCUGAGCUAGUGGAUGUGCCGAGACAGCAGAGCUUCAAUGGCACCCCGGACGCACAGACCCCUUCAGGCUGGGCCGUGAUCCACACAGCCACAUUGACCUUUUGCUCCCUCCUCCUCAUCUUCAUCUUCUUCCUGGGCUCUUACGGCAACCUCGUGGUGUUCCUGUCCUUCUUCGACCCAGCGUUUCGCAAGUUCCGCACCAACUUUGACUUCAUGAUCCUCAACCUGUCUUUCUGCGACCUGUUCAUCUGCUGUGUGACGGCCCCCAUGUUUGCACUGGUGCUCUUCCUGGAUGCAAGCGGUGGGGACGGCGUGUCGAAGGGUUUCUGCUUUGCCUUCCACUUGACCAGUUCGGGGUUCAUCAUCAUGUCCCUGGAGACUGUAGCCGUCAUUGCCUUGCACAGGCUUCGUAUGGUUUUGGGGCAGCAGCCCAAUCGCACCGCGUCCUUCCUCUGCACGUUGGCCCUCACCGCCCUGCUGUGGACGUCCAGCUUCACCAUGGCCGCUCUCCUCACCAUGCGAGCUUACCCACGUAGAGAAGGACCCUGCUUGCCGCACUUUGGUCUGGGAAGCGGACAGGCCAGAGUUGUGUUGUACGUUUACUUAUCAGACUUUGCUUUUUGCGUCGCCGUGGUCUCUGCGUCCUAUCUGAUAAUUGCCAGGACACUGAGGAAGAACGCUCAAGUGAGGAAAUGUCCAAUCAUCAGUGUAGACGCCACAUGCCCACCACCUCAACCCCCUCCCCCUUUGAUUGCAGCCGGUUUCGAGAGCAUGCAGUGCGCUGUUCAAGGCCCUUCUCUGUACCGUAACCAGACUUACAACAAACUGCAGAAUGUAAAAGCACACUCUUGUGCCAACAGGCCCAGCCAGCCUACAGUUCCAGGGGCGGCCCAAGGAGCCACGUGCUGUCAGCUGGUCUCGUCCGUUAACUUGGCCACAGCAAAAGACUCCAAGGCAGUUGUCACCUGUGCAGUCAUUGUGGUCUCUGUGCUGCUUUGCUGCCUUCCAAUGGGAGCUUCACUGGCGCAGGACGUUUUGUCACCAAAAAGUAGCUUUUCCCACUACCAGUUUGAACUGUGCAGCUUUGUGUUAAUUUUCCUCAAAUCGGGCAUCAAUCCGUUCGUGUACUCGCGCAACAGCGCCGGCCUUCGUCGCCGCGUGCUGGGCUGCGUACAGUGGGCCGUGCUGGGCUUCUUUUGUUGCAAGCAAAAGACUCGGCUGCACGCGAUGGGAAAGGGCAGCCUGGAGGUCAACCGCAAUAAAUCUUCCCACCACGAGACCAACUCGGCCUACGUGCUUUCGCCCAAGCCACCGAGGAGGCUGGUGGACCAAGCCUGUGGGCCCAGUCGCUCCAGGGACUGCAACAGUAGUCCGAGGGCCACAGGUGCCCGGAAACCUCGCCUCCCAAGCACGUCCACGCCAAUGAACACCCGCAUCGAGCCGUACUACAGUAUAUACAACAGCAGUCCCUCUGCGGGACCCAGUUCUCCCACCAGCCUGCAGCCGGUCAGCUCGCAGACAUUUGCCUUUGCCAAGUCCUACGUAGCCAUGCACUACCACACGCACCAAGACGCACUGCAAGACUUCGACAGCACCUCCGCGCACCAGAUUCCCAUUCCUUCAGUGUAAUCCUUGAACUAAAAGGCUUAGGGCACCAUGACUUUAAAUCAAAUGUGAAUCAGAAUAGGAAAAUAACUUUAUGAAUAUCUUUUAUUU